GGUGAUGUUCUCUAUCGAUUAGACAAAUAUGAUGAAGCCUUAACAUAUCAUCAACAAGCAUUAGCAAUUCAAGAAAAACAAAAUGAAACUGCUCCUAUCGAUAUGGCUCGUAAUCUUAACCAUAUAGGACAUAUUUUUAAUAGUCAAAAGAAAUUCGAUGAAUCUCUUCAUUCUUAUCAUCGAGCAUUGGAAAUUGGAGAAACAUUCGAUUCAUUAAAUUAUCAAGCGAUUUCCACGAUGCUCUGUAAUAUUGCUGAUGUUUUAUGCAAACAAAGAAACUACAUACAAGCAUUUGAUUACCAACAACGUGCAUUAAAUAUCCAAAAAACUAUUUAUUCACUGUCCGACGUUAAUAUUGCAGAAAGUCUUCAUUCUAUUGGUCAUAUUCGAUAUGGUCAGAACAUGUUUGAUGAAUCUUUGGAUUUCUAUCAGCAAGCAUUAAAAAUCUAUGAAGAAUAUCAUUCAUCGAAUUUUGAUAUCAUUGCUCUUUCUUGUCGAUAUGUUGGUACUUCUCUUAUCCAACUAAAAAAAUAUCAUGAAGGUUUGAAGUAUCUAUGUCGAGCAGUGCAAAUUUUUGAAGAAAAUCCUUCGUCUGAUUGUGAAAAUCUUCCCGUAUGUUUAUGUGCUAUUGGCAAUGCAUUACUUGAACAAGGAAAUCCUAAUGAAGCUCUUCAUUAUCAUCAACGAGCACUUGUAACUCGACAAGAACUCUAUCCAUCUGGUCACAUGUGUAUUGGAACUAGUCUUGCUUUUAUAGGAAAUAUUCUUAGCGAUCAAAAAAACUAUGACGAAGCAUUUGAUAUGUAUGAACAAGCAUUAGUCAUCUAUGAGAAAUUCUGUUUAUCUGAAGAUCUGGAACUUUCUAUUUGUUUGAAUAAUAUGGGUAUUCUUCUAAAUGAACAGGACAAAUAUGAUCAAGCACUUCCGUUUUACUAUCGAGCAUUAACAAUCCGAGAAAAAUAUUUACCAUCUUCGUAUACAACCGUUGUAAAUAUUCUAAUGGAUAUUGGUCGAAUAAAAGUUAAACAAAGCAAUUUUGAUGGAGCUCAUGAUGAUUUUUCUCGAGCAGUUGCUUUACUUCGAGAAUAUGAUCCACUUAAUCACUCUGAACUUACCAUUGGUCUCAAAUGGAUUGCAUCUAUUUGGAUUCGAAAACGAUGUUAUCAUCGUGCUAUUGAAUAUCUUGAACAAUGUUUACACAUCAAAGAAGCUAGUCUCUCCCCAGAACAUUUAUCCAUUGCAGGUACUCUUUCAGAUCUUGCUCAAGUUAAUCGAACUCGACAUGAAUAUCAAUUAUCAUUAAUAUAUGAAAUGAAAUAUUAUUCAAUCAUCGAAAAAGUUUUCUCACCAGAUCAUGAAGAUAUUAUUGACAGCUUAGCAAAUAUCGCUGAAUGUUAUGAAGAUCUUAAUGAACUUCAAAUAGCUUUAAAAUAUUAUCAACGAAUACUAACGAUCUAUGAACAAUCUAAAUCUGUUUCAAAUUUCGAAAUAUUCACAGUUAUGGAUAAGAUUGAUCAACUCUUAACACAGAUAAAUGAAGAGUCGGUUUAA